AUGAGUCUGAUGCCUGCUGACGGGGGUGAGGGCGUUGGGCCACCCGGGGAGGGGAACCAGCAGCAGCAGCAGCAGCAGCAGCCACCGCGCCCGCAACAACAACGCUGCUGCAAUAAGCAGAAGAAUAGGGAGGAAGAGGGUGAGAACUGUGAAGAGGAGGAGACAUUUCCGUUGGAAGCAUCCGGGAGUGCCCCCGCAUCGAACACCUCGACGGACGUGAGCGGUGCGCAGGGCCUCACCGCAUGCAAAGAGGAAGGAAGCGGAGACAUGACCGCAACAAAAACAACAACAAAGACGACAGCAGCAGUAGUGAAUGUGGUGGACACCAAUGCCGGCAGAUCACAGCAAAACGGCAUAGUUGCGCCCGCAAGAAGCGGCGUCACAGAGUAUACAUGCAGUGGACGCAGCAGUAGCAGCAGCGUCGGAAGUAGUGCGCAUGUUAGCCCAAGCCGUUUUGUCGUUGGAAGCACUAGACAUAUUUCUUUCACCACCAAGCCCCCUGCCCCGGGCAACGGCGCGCGUGUUUCCUCCGUGAGUCUCAGUAACAGCCAGAUGCAGGCGGUUAUAAAAUUUGUUUCUUGUCGAGCAUCUGGGGACAAGAAGCAGAUUGUGACGCAGGCAUCCGUCCCGGGGAGGCAGUCUCCGUUACAGAUGCCAGGUAACGACACAUCGGCCAGCACGGCAAGAGCCAGCGUGGAUGUGACGCCGAUGCCGACACCCUCUUUGCCACUACAGGGUCAAUCAUCGAAGGGGCAGAUGGCAUCUCUAUCGGCGAUCGAUUUGCCAGUUCCUCAUGUCUCCCUGCGCCAAUGCACAUCGACUCCCGUUGUCCCCAAAACUGUUGGCACGCAGCCACACUCCUGUUAUGAGAAGGAAGAGGAACGCGACUACUUUCUGCAAAAGGUUACUCCGCAACUCCACAGAAUGCUUCCUUUGUGGAGAAAGAAUUUCGGCAAAGAAAUGGUGACGGAAGAGGGGAUGACAGCGACAGCGACAGCGACAGAGGCGAAGGCGGAGGCGGAAUGCCAACAGGAACAGCGGCAGGAAAAAAUAUUAUCUGAGAAUGACAUUACUGACCGCCGUUUACGUCAGCGUCUGCCGGAGGCCUCCUCACAGCUACAUAUUCGACUGCCUGUUUCCCCAAUGUGUAAUGCGGCAAAUUCCGCAUAUAACCCCGGUAGUAGUGACUUUGAUGUUAGCGUAAGUAGCAGCUCGAGCAGCAGUCGGACCCUUAGCACGCUUCAGGCGUCCAGUCAUCACAUUGUGAGAAGUGUCUGUCAUGUGUUGACAGGCACGCCAACCUUCUCUUCCUGUAACGUUAGCCAUGAGGAAAAUGAAACAGAAAAAACAUUUGGAAUUUCAAAAGCCCAAACCACCACCACCACCACAACAACAACAACAACAAAGGCGACAACGAUGACGAUUGGCGGUGGCGGUGGCGGUGGCGGUGGCGGCAGCAGCAGCAGCAACAGCAGAAGCGACGGAUUUGUGUUGACAUCGCAUGAGCAAAACGAUUGCAUUUGCGGAGUACAGGCACGUGGCAUUGCUGAACCGGUGGAAUUUGUACAAGAAAAUUCCACUCGGCAAGUUCUUACCAAAAACGGUAAUCGGAGCGGUGUGUUUACCCCUUCUCCACUUCCUCCACUUCCUCCACUUUCUCAUGGUGCGUGCAGUUCAUAUUCCCUUGAUGCAGCGAUGGUUUUACCAGGGUUAUUUCUGGGUUCUUACAGUGAUGCCUUAAAGAUUGAUGCCCUCGCUGCCCAUGGUAUUUCACUUGUGAUUAAUGUUGCUGAAGAAUGCGUAAUGAUGGAGACGAUGAUAUACAACGACUAUGACAUCAAAUUUAUUAAGUUUCCAUUAAAAGAUCACAGUGAUGAGAAUAUUACACGUUACUUUGGUCCAAUUACACGAAUAAUUCAUCAGCAAUUACACCGUCGUGAACGUGCUUUACGGAGUUCAAGGAAAACUACAGGGAACAUAAGAAGUUAUGAUGGUGAAGAAGUUAUGUCGAUCCCCAAUAAAUCCGUGGGUGGUGGAGUACUUGUACAUUGUCGGAUGGGUGUAAGUCGAAGUGCGGCUAUUAUUCUUGCUUAUCUUAUGAUUUACGGUGAGACACUUUGGGUAGAUGAUAAUUGCUCUAUUCAAAAUCAACAUAUGGAAGAAGAAUCUUUUACACCUAUAUUUACACCUCCAAAUGUAUCUCCUAUUUCGACAUUACUUUUAGAUGGUAGUGAUGUUGAAAAAGAAAGUCAUAGUACAAAUGGUAAAUGUUGUGAGUGUUGUUGUUGUCUUGCUAUUCAAAACCCCCAUAUUACAUGUAAUACAGGCGGUGUAUAUACACCAUCUGUUGUGAAAAGUUACCGUGAUGCUUUUGAGUUUUUAAAGAAACGGAAAAAAGAUAUUAACCCAAAUAUUGGAUUUGUUCUUGCACUACGGGAAUUGGACGAUAGAGAUGGGAAAUAA